CGGGCUCUUUUUCUGGCUGGUGCUUAUCCCUGUCGCCAAUUGUGUGAUCCACCCUGGGUAGGUGGAUACAGAGGCGUAGAGGUCUGACGAGGUCAAUUGGCUUCCCGCAGCUUAUGUGUCGGUAUCUGUGUUGAGGCUUAACAACAUUCCGAGGCGGGGACUCUGGCUAUAAAUAAUAGUGUGGAGAACCUAUCGAAGGAUGGCCAUAAAAUAUGCACUCGUGGAAUCACCACAUUAGCCAUGAAAUUGUCGCUGCUGCUGCUACUAGCACUGGCCUCGCCUUCCUCUAUUUUGGGGGCCUCUGUACCCCGCGACUCGAAUGGCAUUCCGGUCAUCACACCACAAUCUACCGAUAAUGAGGCGAAUUAUAGUGCACCUUAUUUCCCUCUUCUGGGAUUUGAGAAAUAUGCAGCCAACCCUAUUUUGACAGCCGACACCUCUCAUGCGUGGGAAUCGCGCGCGGUUUUCAACCCUAGUGCAAUUGUCGUCGAUAACCGGGUUUGGCUCCUCUACCGGGCGCAGGAUAUAACGGGCAGAUCAUCAAUCGGGAUAGCCUGGUCUUCGGAUGGGAUUCAUUUCACGCGCUCUGCAACGCCAAUACUAGAAGCUACCGAGUCCUACGAAACAUCUGGUGGAUGUGAGGAUCCUCGCGUUGUGCGAGUCAAUGGAACCUUCUACCUAACAUACACCGGGGUUGAGAACUCCCUGGCUCGUCUUUGUCUUGCAACUUCAACGAACCUGGUCGAUUGGAAAAAGCAUGGUCCAAUCCUUCCUGAUAUCUCGGAUGUUGUAUAUGACUUUCUGCGUCCGUUUAACGGCUACCUCUCCCGGCACGGCUGGAGCAAAUCCGGAGCGAUCCUCAACGAGCGUCAACUAGAUGGUCGGUACUACAUGCAUUUCGGGGAGUCUUAUUUAUACACGGCGUACUCGACCGAUUUGAUUCACUGGCAUGUAUCAACGAGCGAUGAUACCCUUGCAGGACUGCUGCGCAUUGCAGACCAGCCCGCUCCCUAUGCCCCAAAGCUUAACAUCUGGGAGCAAGGCCUGAUGGAGUCCGGCCCACCCCCAAUCAAGACGCGAGAUGGAAGAUGGCUAAAGGUGUAUAACGGGGUAUCUACCGGGGUGGGCGGUUUCGCUUCAAUGCAGUAUAACACUGGCCAAAUGCUGAUCGAUCCGGGGAACUUUCCUCUUGGACCGCCAAUUGCUCGUCUGGAACUUCCGAUGCUGGAGCCUGAAACUGGCCACCGGGUUGUUUUCUCCGAAGGCCUGGUUCAGUUCCAUGGGCAGUGGUUUUUGUAUUUUGGCAUUGACGAUUCAUCAGUCGGUGUUGCCGUGGCCCCGGUUCAGCCUUAGAGUGUAUAUUGAACUGGCUUGCUUCUUGCGUUUGGGUAUUUUCCCUGUGUGGAAACGGAGGAAUUUCUACCCCCUAGUAGCAGAAGGGGUUCGUCCGUAUCUCUGUGUAUAUAUAUACUGGAGGGACAUGAAAAGUCCCAUUUGCAAGGAAAACGAGUUGAUAAGUAGAGUCUCUUAGGCACUGAAAGGACAUUCACCAUACACUAGAACCUCACGAAGCCAACGAUGCAUUGUGGCUUUCCCAA